AUGGCCGUUUUUGGUCAAGAUGCCACCACCGACACGACGAGCUCACGACCUGUGUGCGGUGUGAAUCAGCUGUUCAACGGACAAAUUUGUACCUGCGCACCUGGGUAA